GUAUUCGGCAAUCCAUCAAAUCCAAGAUGGUUGCUGAUGACACUAGAAGUAAAAGGUGCGGUUCCUUAAUUCAAUUACUGAUUGAUAUUCUCAAUUGAUCGUGAAUAAAUCCAUCGGAAAAUCAUCCCCCAUUCAGUGGCAGUAAUUAUUUUUCAGUGUUUUAACAAUUGAUUGUCAAUAAACAGUGUAAAAUCAUGAGCACCAGGUGACAAAUGGUUACGCGGUUGUGAAUGCGGCGUGCAUCUCUUUGUUGAAAGAAAAAAUAACAAAAAACAAAAACUGGAGAUAAGAACAUUGUAUUGUUAAAAGGACUAAUUAGGGGUUGACUUUUAUUAUUAAUUUAAUUUGAUCGGCAAUCCGAGAACAUGGAGAGACUCCAGGAGCAGGGCUGGUACCUCUCUGAACAGGGUUUCGACCUUGUCAGUGACUCUGGAGCUGUUAAGGACAGUCAGAAGUUGAUAAAACGCGCUCUUGAUAUGGACUUGCGAGAAAUCGGGAGUGGAGCAGGAGAUAUAAAUCUGGGCAACUUAGUCCUUCAAAUUCAAAAACUCCGUAACGUGGCUGCCCCAAAGUCCAACGAGGAGUCUCGUGGUGCUCCUCGCAUGCUGAAGCUCUAUCUGACCGAUGGAAAAAACAAUUAUCAAGCUGUUGAACUGGAUCAACUCCCCUCGAUCUCCCUGAACACCCCUCCGGGUACAAAAAUUCUCCUGAAGUCAGGUGGAGCACCAACAUCCCACGGUAUCAUUCUCCUGAAGGCCUUCAACAUUUCAUCAGUUCUGGGAGGAAAGGUUCCAACGUUGAUAGAAAAAUGGGAAUUAAAUCGUAAAUUAGCGGUGCACACUCGAGUGAGAUCGGCGGAGGAGGGUGGGCCACCUCCAUGGAUUCCCUUUGGAAAGAAAAUAAUAAAAAUAGCUGAGCAGGAUAAAAAUUUCAGGGCAUUAGCUGAUAAAGAUGCACCAGCCAAAGAUAACAGUGAAUUCGAGGCGCAGAGACAGGCAGCGGUUGCUGAGGCAGCUAAGCAGGGCAGCAAGAAGAUAUUUGGUGGAGGUACUAAACAGUUACUGGAUCACAGUGUUCAGAAAAUUGUAGAUCAGGGAUUCUCCAUAGAACAGGCUGAAUAUGCACUCAAAGCAAAUCGUAACAACACAGAUCGAGCCUUGAAAUCACUCCAGAGGAAUGAGAAUAAGGGCAAUGGGAACAGGGAGACGAGGGAGCCUCGAGAACGUGGCAAGAGGUUUGAGAAGAAGAAUGAGGAGACCAAGCCCAGCAGUGGAAAGGUCUCGCUGUUCGAUUUUCUCGAGGAUAAAUUACCUGCACAGUCUGAGACUGCUGAUACGGGAAAUAAUCAAUCGUAUGAUAACUAUAAUUCGAGACUGGAUAAUCAUGUGGAGAGGGUGGAGGGGAGGGGAAAUGAUGGACAUUCAUCCAGAGGUGGAAGGAGCCAGAGAUCGGGCAGAGGUACCUAUCAAGCGCCCCCACGUCACUCGGAUGACUCUCGAUUUGUAAAACGCAAUAACGAUAACUAUCCCCCCAAUAACAUCCAUCAGGCCCGUCCCCCUCGCUUCCAAAGAUCUCAGGAUCACCAUUAUCCUCAGGAGCAGAAUUCCAAGGCUUCAUUCGUCAAGAAUUCCCAUCAACAGGACCGAAGAAUUCCUCCGGAAUCUUCAAAUUUUCCCAAGACCUUCAGAAAUCACAACCAGCCCCAGAAUCAAAACGAACCUGAGCCCUUCACUCGUCAAAUCAACGAAUCCCAAUCCCAGACAUCCCAUGGACGAUACAACAGAGGUCACCAGGACUCUGGCCCGAGGAACUACAACUCCAAUACCUCCGAGCACAGAAAUAACAGAAAUCAGAAUAAACAGGAUAACAAUUCGAGGGGAAAUGAGAACAGCAAAAGUGAUAGUGUCACAUGGGUCUGGAAGACAGGAGAUCAGUGUCUGGCAAAGUAUUGGGAGGACAAUCAGUACUACAAUGCUGAAGUGACAGCAGUGUCAGCUACAACUUGUGUGGUACAGUUUAAAGGUUUCAACAACUACGAGGAGGUCCUGCAGAUCAACUGUCUCCCCAUCACUGAGGAGUUGCCUCCCAACUCUGGAAAUCAUCAGAGGCAUGAGCAACGAUCAAAUCGUCCUCAACGCCAUGAAAAUUACUCAGGUGGAAUGGAAUUUCGCAGGGGUGGUGGAGGCUCUGCUGGAGCACCUGGAGGCAAAGGUUAUCGUAAACGUGGCCCUCAACGAAGUGCACAACCUAUUUAUCAACCACCUGCCCAACGAUCUACUCGCGAUAAUCCAAAGAUCUGAUGAAUUUAGUAGCAAGAAAUUUAGUGAUGAAAUUUCGCUCAAUUUUCCAACUACCUGCCACAUCUUUCUCAAUACUCCAGUGGAAGAUUUUGUUGAGAUUAAUUUAUUAGACAUUCAGGAUGAUAAGUAGGAAUACUCCACUGAUGAUUUUCGUUCUACUGCAAAGUGAUACAAAUAAAAGAUGAGUCUGAGAAGGGCAUUUGUGAAGAUUUUUUUCAUCAAAGGCCUCUAUUCUGCGUUGGUCCAUUAUUGUUCCUUAUUGUUCAUUAACUAAAACUCCCUCACGGAAUAUAAUUUCGUUGGGAAAAUCAUUGAAACUGAGUUGGAAUGAGAAGUAGGAAUUAACAGUGAGGUGGUAAAAC